CGUACUGGUCAUUGCGCCGCUGAGUUCUUCUGUGGCUUUCUUUCCGAACUGUCUCCGGAUUGUGUGCAAAUUUAUCGUUCGUUACUCGUCUACGCUACGGUACGGUUAUUUCAACGGUUUGCAAGUUCAUUGUCAAUGAAUAGUGGAUUCCCAGUUUGACCGGAUACGGACGCAGGACUCAGGCAGGCGCUUAAGGAAGGAUUCGGACGGAACUGGAAACGCGCGCAUCGUGUGGAUUAGUUUGUGGUGACGUGGAUUAAGUGUAGUUUUGGGGACGGUUUUGGUUCUUUGGUGGAGAGGAACUAGUGUUAAGUGCGAUUAUUUGAUUUGGAGCUUCCAGUGAAGUGAUUUGUGUUGGGACUGAGAAAUAGUACAAAUUAUUACAACAAUGGGUUCAAGAAUUGAAAACCCUGCGAUCGAACACCGUGCUAAGCCGCCGGCUGCGGGUGCAGAGAUUGUCAUUUCCGGUAUUUCUGGGCGUUUCCCGAAUUCGGACAAUGUCAAGGAUUAUGCCUACAAUCUGUACAACAAGAUUGACAUGGUAGACGAUUUGGAAACGCGUUGGCGUCAUAGCAACGUCGAAAUUCCUCGCCGCAUGGGCAAGGUGAACAACCUGGAGAAGUUCGACGCCACGUUCUUCGGAGUGCACUUCAAGCAGGCCCACACCAUGGAUCCGCAAUGUCGUAUCCUGGUGGAACACGCGUACGAAGCCGUCAUCGAUGCCGGUGUGAACCCGAAAAGUCUGCGUGGAUCGCGAACCGGAGUGUUCGUCGGAGCUUGCUUUGCUGAAUCGGAGAAAACCUGGUUCUACGAGAAGAUCUCAUCCGGGGGAUUCGGUAUCACCGGUUGUUCCCGUGCUAUGAUGGCGAACCGUAUCUCAUACACCAUGGGAUUGAACGGUCCUUCCUUCCUGCUGGAUACGGCUUGUAGUAGCUCUAUGUACGCCCUGGAUUGUGCGUUUAAUGCCAUUCGCAAUGGUGAAUGUGAUGCAGCAAUUGUUGGAGGUUCUAACCUACUGUUGCAUCCGUACGUAACGCUGCAGUUUGCUCGUCUCGGUGUACUGGCCUCUGAUGGCUACUGUCGGCCAUUCGACAAAGAUGCUUCCGGUUAUACACGUUCAGAAGCUAUCUGCGUAGUCUUCCUACAGAAAGCCAAGGACGCUAAACGUGUGUACGCAGAUGUCGUCUACUCGAAGACCAACUGCGACGGAUUCAAAGAGGAAGGUAUCACCUACCCAUCGGGAACGAUGCAACGUAAGCUGCUUUCCGAGUUCUACCAAGAAAUCGCCAUUGAUCCAUCGACCGUCAAUUACGUAGAAGCUCACAGUACCGGUACCGUUGUUGGUGAUCCCGAGGAGUGCGCUGGGUUGGAUAAGAUUUUCUGCACAGGUCGUACGAAGCCGCUGCCGGUCGGUUCUGUCAAGUCUAACAUUGGCCACUCCGAGUCCAGCUCAGGAAUCUGCUCCAUCAUCAAGUCUGUGUUGGCAUUUGAAAAUAGAGUCAUCCCACCUAACAUCAACUUUGGCGAAAUCAGAAGUGAUAUUCCAUCGCUGGUUGAGGGUCGUUUAGCCGUUGUAGCGGAGAAUACGCCUCUGGAAGGAAACUUGAUUGCUGUGAACUCAUUCGGUUUUGGAGGUGCCAAUGCACAUGCUCUGCUCAAGGGUAACUCGAAGGUAAAGGUCAACGGUGGAAUUCCGGAGGAUAAUCUUCCAAGAUUGGUCACAUGGUCUGGUAGAACUGAGGAGGCCAUCGAUGCUAUUCUGACUGACAUGAGUAAUAGACAUCUGGACGCCGAAUACGUAUCUUUGGUGCAUAGCGUUCAGAGUGAGUCCAUUCCCGGCAAUGUGUUCCGAGGCUACGGAGUUUAUGCUAAGAACGGCACCGAGAAUGCCCUUUGCUUGGGACGCGACUGUCAGCACUACACCGGUCUGAAGCGUCCACUGGUUUGGGUAUUCAGCGGAAUGGGAUCACAGUGGACCGAGAUGGGUACUUCGCUGUUGGAGAUCCCAAUCUUCCGAAACUCCGUUGAAAACUGCCAUCGCGUGCUGGACAAGAAGGGAUUGAAUCUGAUGGAAAUCCUUACCUCGAAGGAUUGCAAAUACGAAAACAUUCUGCACUCGUUUGUCGGAAUUGCCGCUGUUCAAAUCGGUAUCGUAGAUGUCCUCCGAUCACUGGAUAUUGAACCCGACUUCGUGAUUGGGCACUCUGUCGGUGAAUUGGGUUGUGCAUACGCUGACGGGUGCUUCACGGCUGAACAAAUGAUUUUGUCCGCAUACUCCCGAGGUAUGGCCAGCUUGGAGACAAAAACCGUGUUCGGUUCCAUGGCUGCUGUUGGCUUGGGUUACCGUAAGAUCCGAACCAUGAUCCCACCAGGCAUUGAGGUUGCCUGUCACAACGGUCCCGACUCGUGUACCAUUUCUGGACCUAAAGAAAAUGUAGAGGCCUUUGUCAAGGAACUGACUGGCAAGGGAAUUUUUGCCAAGGAAGUUCCCUGCUCGAACAUUCCCUAUCACAGCAAAUACAUCGCUGAAAUGGGACCGAGGCUGUUAGCCCGACUGAACGAAGUGAUUCCGGAACCGAAGAAACGUUCAGCUAAAUGGUUGAGCUCCUCGGUACCGAAGAUCCGUUGGGAUCAACCGGAAAGCCAGUACUCCUCAGCUCACUACCACACCAACAACCUGUUGAGCUCGGUUCUGUUUGAAGAAACGUCCGCUCUGCUCCCGAAUAAUGCCAUGACCAUUGAGGUAGCCCCCCAUGGACUACUGCAAGCUAUCCUGAAGAAGUCUAUGCCAAAUGCCGUUCAUAUUGGAUUGACGAAACGGGGCAACAAAGACAACGUACAAUACCUGUUCAACGCUCUUGGAAAAUUGUACGUCAACGGGUUGGAUAUCCCGGUGUCUCGCAUGUACCCUCAAGUAGAAUAUCCCGUUUCACGGGGAACUCCACUAAUCUCUCACCUGGUACGUUGGGAUCACAGCGAAGACUGGUUCGUUACCAAGUUCGAGAUGCAAAAGUCAUCCAAGAGUGGAGAGCGUCGCGUAAAGAUCAAGCUCAGCGAUCAGGACUUCAGCUACAUUUCCGGUCAUAUCAUAGACGGACGUGUACUGUUCCCCGCUACGGCAUACCUGCAUCUGGCUUGGGAAACUCUUGCCAUGGUUAAGGGUCCCAUGUACUUCGACUUGGAGGUAGAGUUCGAAGAUGUCAAGUUCUUGCGGGCGACUUCCAUCGCCAAGGAUCAGGAAAUUGAGUUCACGGUUAUGCUGCAACCAGGUACCGGAAGAUUUGAGAUCACGGAAGGAACGGCUGCAGUCGUAACUGGCUACGUUAAGCACGUCGAGAACAUUCAAUUGUCGGAAAUUCCGGAUCCACCGGAGAGUGACUUCCCCAUGCUGUCCAGUCGUGACUUCUACAAGGAACUCCGCCUUCGCGGUUACCAUUACAAUGGAGCCUUCCGGGCGGUGCAGGAAGCUCGAGCUGACGCUCGUUGCGGAAAAGUCAACUGGGAGCUGAAUUGGGUAUCCUUCCUCGAUUGUUUACUGCAGUGCUGUAUCGUCGGUAAAGAUACUCGUUCCUUGAUGAUCCCGACAGGAAUCGAGCGUAUGCGCAUCGAUCCGAAGAUGCACCUGGCGAUCGCCAACACAAUGGAAGAAGGACAGCAAGUGUUCGACUUCAAGUACUCUGAUGUGUUGAACACAAUCCGCUGCGGUGGAAUCGAAGUCAUUGGACUGCAAGCAAGCACCGUCGGACGGAGGAAGCCUCCAGGUUAUCCAGUGUUGGAAUCGUACCAGUUCAUCUCGCAUCUUCCAGCACCGAAGAUGUCUAAAGCCGAUGCCGUACGAGUGUGCGUUCAGCUGGCCUUGGAAAACAUUCCCGUACCGAAGGUUAAGGCCGUGGAGACUGACUUCCACAACGAUACUCCGAUUACUCCAUUGUUUGCUGAAGCCCUUGGAGAUCUUCCGCUCGUCACAGCUGACUUGAUGUUCCUCUCUCAGCAACAAUUAACUCUGGCCGGAGUGCACGUUGAAGAUGGUAAACUGUCAACUCAAUCCAACUGCCUAUUCCUAGUUUCCGUCAACUGCUUGGGUCGCCCAGAAUUGUUCGAAGAAGCGGCUGGUAGCUUACAUGACAGUGGAUUUAUUCUAUCACGAGAAAGUGCAAAUCUUGUACUUGACAGCGUAGUUGCGCCAGCCGGAUACCAGCUGAUUGCGUUGAUCCCGGUUGAAGAUGAGACAUAUGUCCUGCUUCAACGUAUCAAGCGCAAGUACAUGGGAAGCCCAACCAUCGUACACAUUCCUAAUGACGACAAGUUUGAAUGGGUUCCGAAACUACGGGAAGCUAUGAAGCACGGUUCCGUGAUUGCCGUGUCUCAAAGUGACAGCAUGUCUGGAAUCAUCGGUCUGGUUAACUGUAUCCGUAAGGAACCUGAUGGUGGAAUGGUGAGCUGCGUAUUCGUAGAUGACCCGAAGGCACCGUCAUUUGAACUCGACAACCCAUUCUACAAGGCACAUCUGAAGCUUGGGCUUGCCUUGAAUGUAUACCGUAAUGGUCGUUGGGGAACUUACCGUCACUUGCAGCUACUACAGCCCAUUGUGACCAAACCAAGACGUGAUCAUUGCUACGCCAAUGCUCUAACUAAGGGAGAUCUUUCGUCGAUGACCUGGCUGGGUGGACCGUUCAACCAAAGUAGACCAAAGGGUGAACUAGUUAAAGUAUCCUACAGCUCGUUGAACUUCCGUGAUGUGAUGUUCGCGUCGGGUAAAUUGACGGCCGACUUUGCUAAUUUGUCUCGCCUCGAACAGCAGUGCGAUCUGGGUUUCGAAUACUCCGGUAUCGCAGAAAGCGGUCGCCGUUUGAUGGGUAUGCUUACCACCGGAGCUAUGGCUACCCAUGUUGAAUGCGAUGAAUCACUGACGUGGGCUGUUCCAGACAAAUGGACCCUGGAAGAGGCGGCUACUGUACCGGUAGUCUACGGUACCGUGUACACUGCACUGUUCCUCAACGCAAACAUCCAGAAGGGACAGUCCAUCCUGAUCCACGCUGGUAGUGGAGGGGUUGGUCUAGCAGCCAUCAAUGUGUGUCAGGCAUACGGGUUAGAGGUCUACACUACAGUAGGCACGCAAGCAAAACGAGACUUCCUGUUGCAAACAUUCCCGAAGCUAAAGCCAGAAAACAUCGGAAACUCUCGUGACACUUCCUUUGAGAAGAUGAUUAUGCUUCGCACCAACGGUCUAGGAGUUGACUACGUUCUGAAUUCCUUGUCGGAGGAUAAAUUGCAGGCCUCGGUUCGCUGUUUGGGAAAAUACGGCAAAUUCCUGGAAAUCGGCAAAUACGACAUGGCCAAUGAUAGCAAGCUGGGUCUGCAUAGAUUCUUGCGAGCUUUGUCAUUCACGGCCAUUUUGGUAGAUUUCCUGUUCACGGCAGCACCAGAGGAAAAACAAGUACUACGCGAUCUAGUCGAAAAGGACAUCAAGGCCGGAAUUGUCAAGCCCUUGAAGACCAAUGUCUUCCCUGCUAGUGAGAUCGAAAAUGCCUUCCGUUAUCUGGCCAGUGGAAAACACGUCGGCAAGGUGCUGCUGAAGAUUCGGGAUAACCCGAACGAUGAAUACUCUGUGCCGAUUGCAUAUCUGCCACGAAUGUACUGCAAUCCGGAUCAUUCGUACGUGAUUGCUGGUGGUUUGGGAGGAUUCGGCCUUGAGCUGGCCGAUUGGUUGGUACUUCGCGGAUGCCGCAAGCUAGUCAUGAGUUCUAGCCGUGGCAUUAGCAAGGCGUAUCAAGCCUACCGAAUCAAAAUCUGGGAACAAUAUGGAGUCAAGGUGUUGGUUAACACCGAAAACAUCACCACCAAGAAGGGAUGCGAAGCAUUGCUUUUAGCUGCUACCAAAUUGGGUCCAGUCGGUGGUAUUUACAAUCUGGCAGUUCAACUGCGUGAUAGUAUUUUCGAAAAUCAAAGUGUACAAACGUUUAUCGAAUGUAUGGGCCCGAAGGCGAUGGCAACCAAGUACUUGGAUGAACUCAGCCGGAAGCUGUGCCCCGAGUUGUCAUACUUUGUAGUGUUCUCCAGUGUGUCUUGUGGUCGAGGAAACGCUGGUCAGAGCAACUACGGCAUGGCGAACUCUGUAAUGGAACGUAUCAUCGAGCAUCGUCAUGCAAACGGUUUGCCAGCCAAGGCCGUUCAAUGGGGAGCAGUUGGUGAAGUUGGUUUGGUGGCUGACAUGCUGGAAGAUAAACUGGACAUGGAAAUUGGAGGAACUCUGCAGCAAAGAAUCUCCUCCUGUCUUCAGGAGCUGGAUCCCCUGCUGACAACUCCGGAACCAAUUGUCGCCAGUAUGGUUGUCGCGGAGAAACGUGUACGAAGCAGUGGAAAGGACAACAUUAUAGAAUCCGUUAUGAACAUUAUGAGCAUCCGUGACAUCAAAUCCGUAUCGAUGGAUACUACGUUGUCCGAGCUGGGUAUGGACUCUCUGAUGGCUGUAGAAAUCAAGCAAACUCUAGAACGCGAAUACGAACUGUUCCUAACGCCUCAGGAUCUUCGUUCGUUGACCUUCAUGAAGCUGCAGGAGCUGACCGAAGCCAAGGCAUCCACUGACGACAACGUUAAACUGAAGCUGGCCAACGAGAAGACUCCGACCGGUGUGGCCAUGUUACUACGUAACUUGGGUGAUGAGUUCAACAGCGAACAUACGAUCCUGCGUCUACAGUCGGAGAACGACUCCAAAAAGUACAACGCCUGCGUCAUCUUAACCCCUGGAAUCGAAGGUGUCGCUGGUAACGCCUGGCACAGCAUCGCGUCCCAACUAACCCUGCCCACGUUUAUCACUCAGCUGACCAAGACUAUCGACAUGGGCAGUAUACCGGAAAUUUGCCAAUAUUUGUCCCAGGACGUGAUCGAGAAUGUGUUCAAGGGAGCCGAACACUUUUACCUGGUGGGUUAUUCGUUUGGUGCUUUCAUUACCCUGGAGCUGGCUCGAUUAUUGGAAGAAACGGGUAAACGUGGUAAGAUCUUACUUAUCGACGGAGCACCCAAGUUCCUGCACAAGUUGGCUCUGGAUCAAAUGUCCGAAAAUUGGACCGAAGAAAGUGUUCAGAUUGUUCUGUUCGCUGGUAUUCUCAACACCAUCUACCCCGAUGAGACGACCGACGUUUUGCCCAUCAUCAGUGGAUGUCCCUCGUUUGAAGCUCGAAUGGACAAACUACUUGAGCUCACCAAGGAUCAAAAUAUCUACUCCGAAGCUUACCUACGAAUGAUGACGAAGGCCUUGUUCAACCGCAUCAAGAUCACACUGCUCUACGAUGUCAACAAGAUAACUCCUCUCGAGUCUCCAAUCACCUUGGUACGUCCAACUGAAGUGUCUGUCGUGGACAUCGAAGAAGACUACGGACUGUCCGAGUAUACCAAGGGAGCGGUCAGUCUCAAGUUCCUGGAAGGCAACCACAUCACCAUGCUGGAGAACCCCAAGCUGACGCAAAUUAUCACGGAGUCGGAUCCGGUGCUCGAGUCCGAUCGCUCCUUCCAGAAGUACCUCCAGAGCAAUGUAAUUGCCGAGUAAGAACCUCCGAAUCGUACGAAUCGCGCCAACCGAACCCAAAAACGACCAUUUCACGUUUUCUCCACAUUGUUGUUUAUCAACCCAGGCACACACACUUCGAUCCAAUAUUAAUGAUCCGCAUGUAGCAAGCACUUUCUGCAUUGUGUUAAUAAAAGAAAAGUUAGUUUAA